GGGAGGCAUCACUGCGUCCGGCAUCCAAGUGCGAUUCAAAUCUGGCGACCCGACGGAGGGGCCAACAUCAACAACAGACGGCGCGAAUUCUGUGAGUAGAUGAGAAGGAUGAAAAUCUUUCAUACGACAUCUCCUCCCACACCAACAUCAACACCAGUGCAGACGUCAGGUCCCGCGUUUACGCUUCCGACACAGUUGUUCAACUCCCCAAGCAGCACAGCCGCGGCGUCAAGUUCCGGAGGUGUGAGCACGGCAGCGGCGAUUGGCAUUGGCGUGGGCUCCGCGGUCGCCGUACUCCUGGCUGUCAUCUCAAUCGGCACAUUCUUUUACCUGCGGUGGCGAAGGAGGAAACAACAACAACAACAGCAGCAGCAGCAACAACAGCAACAGAUGGUAGUCCCGCCACCAGUGCCUCCCAAGGCGAAAGCGCCCUCGUCAUACCGGGCAAUUCCUCCGCCGUACGAGCUCUCUGAGGAGGUAUCGCCGCGCCUCGAUGGACACCACAUGUCGAAGCAAGGGUUUCCCCGGGGCAGCGUCUUCUCAGGCCGGCCCGCCGAGUUGGAAGCGCAACCGCCGUCGGAAGCAUCGCUCAGGGACAGGGCCUCUCCAGACUCGCAGAGCACCGGGUGGACGGACCGACAGGCAAGAGGCGGUGUCCAGCCCAUGCCAUGGAUCUGAACGGCAAAGUUGAGGCUCUUGCGGCGGCGGAACCUGGCCCGAUUUCCUUUUUAUCUAUUUUACGGCGAGGGCAGGUUGCGGGGGCGGCGGGCGAAGGGCGGGCGGGCAUUUUGUGCGACGGACAAAUGGUCCCUUAGGUUUAGGAUCGGCGCAAAAGGAGAGCUGGAGGCAUUUAUUUUCCGCUUCCUCUGGAGUUAUUUUGGCGACACGAGCAUCUUCAAAACGCACCCACACGUCUCAUGUGGUUCUUCUGGGCAAACUUGGCAUUUCGAUUGCACUCUCUAAUUUUCUUCUCUUCUCUUUUCCGUUGCAUCCUCGGUAAGCAGGACAGUCCAGACAGCAGGACAAUACUAAUGACCAGGCAAAAUU